AUGGCCAACGCAAAUCGAAACCAACAUCUGACUUGCCCCUUCUGCCGCUUCGAUAGCAAUGACUUCGACUCCCUCGAGAGACACGUGCAACAUCUUCACACCGACCAACAGCCUGACCCUCGGCGGCCUUACAGUGCCGCCUCCCAGCUGAGUGAUGCCGAGUUAGCUCAACUUCUUGCCUUUGAAGAAGCGGGCCUGCCUGCCGAACUAGCCUUGCCAGACCGUCCGAAUGUUCCUGCCUGUGGUGAAGCACAGACGCCGGAAAGUGCAACGGAUCUGGAACAGUCUUCUUCAUCCUCUCAGGUUGGAAAUGAAGGAUCAUGGGUACAAUGUGUCUGUGGCGAACGUGUACAUUUUCUCGAGCUCGAUGCCCAUUCCGACAUGCAUGCUCAAGAGAAUAUUACCCUGGAUGAGACCGAUAUCCCUAGCGAAGAUGUCAAACUUGCGACGACUGCUGGGCCUCCGCUAGCUGAUCUCUCCAACUCAUUUAGCACUCACAUCCCAAAGUCUCUUCGCAACUAUGACCAAAUACAUGACAGAACUCCUCGUAGCGAAAAGCGACGCGGUCCUUCUCUCAAGGAUAUCUUCCUGGGCACCCACGCAUCUCCAAGGAGGGAAUCAGCCAACUCGGCGGUCUCCGCAAAGCUUGGAAAGACAAAACGGUUGGGAAGGUCGGAACUGGGCCCCUAUGCGCACGAGCACCAGAUGCCGAGCUGGCUGCGCCGAAUGCUCGAAAAAGGCGCCAAGGUCACCAUCACAAACAGAAUCGGGCCCGACGGCACAUUAGUCAAAGUCGAAACCAUUGCCAACGAGACACCCAACCUUGUACCUGUUCUCUCUUGGCUGUCUCACCUGGACGGAACGGUCGAACGUGCAUUCUAUUGCAGUCCUAAAGUUGUCCACGUGUGCAAGAUGCCAAGGGAAGGCGGAUUCUGUGGCUAUCGAAAUAUCCAAAUGCUGUUGUCCUAUAUCCAACACACGGAUGUUAAUGGCGCAGAGAAUUUCCCAGGAAGACUGCCUUCAAUAUUGAAACUCCAGGAUAUGAUUGAGAAUGCUUGGGACCUGGGCUUCAACUCUGUCGGGCGUGCGGAGACUGGCGGAAUCAGGUUCACUCGAAAAUUCAUUGGCACACCGGAGGCGCAGGCAUUGUUUAUGAGUCUUGAUAUUUCUUGCGAAGCGACCGCGUACGCCACUACAAAGGAAGUCGAGGGCUUCGAGACAAUGCUUUGUGCUGUCUGCGAAUAUUUCGACGACGGCUCCGCCAAAGACAACGUCAACAAGGUUGUGAUCACGGACAAACCACCCAUCUACUUUCAACACCGUGGCCAUUCCAUGACCAUUGUCGGAGUUGAGCAAAGAUUGAGUGGCGUCGUCAAUUUAGUCGUUUUUGAUCCGAUGUUCAACCCUAGUCCGGCGCUCAAGAAACUUGCCCUUUCACGUUCCACUGCAUUCGGGUGUGCCAGGCCUGGUAAGUUUCUGAACGCUCAUCGACGAGAUGAAAAGUACUUGUACAAGUUCAAGGACUUUGAGCUGUUGAAGUUGAAAACGAGGUCACGGUAA